UGAUCCAGGAACCUCACACACUGAUUUCUGUAUGUGUGUGUGUGAAACUAAUCGUAAGUGUUUCUUAUCGGCCAUCGCUGCAGCGAUAAGCCGAAGAAGAUCACUUUAAGAUCCGGAGCAGAGAUGUGUUUUUUCCCGCUGACUGUCGACCAUCUCAGAUCUCCACCGAAGGGACAGAAGCUCCUGAACGCACCUCCGACAUCUUGGCUGUUUUUGGGCUAAAAAAACUAUAAAAACAGCAUCCGUCUUCCGCUCAAAGACCCGGGUCAUCUUGGUAGCUUUCCAGACAACAGCAAUCCAAAAGAAGGCGAGGUUUGUCCACAUUCAUGCACAUUAAAGUGACAUGAACCCUGCAUUUAUUUAAAAUCCUGUUUUAGUUGUGUCUGCAGAAGAAUAAUGGCAGAGCAUCUGUCCCAGAGUGAGCUGGAUUACCCGUUCAAACUUCUGGAGUAUUUCAACGGAUUCAGGGUCUCAAAGGUGAUUUUCUCAGCCUGUGAGCUGGGUGUGUUCGACCUCCUGCUGAGAAGGCCCAGGAAGCCAAUCAGUGGCUCAGCAGUGUGGGCCCAGGAUCUCAGCUGCAAGCGAGGGGGACGGGAUGGAGAGACUGAAUGGACGCCCGGGUGGGGCAUAGAGAUCCUGGGGGUGGAGACCAAAGACGGGACAGACUAUUCGUUCUGUUUCCACUUUGGUAGCAGCAGCAGCGACGUGGCUAAUCUCCUACCCUCGCCGAAGGCAGCGGGAAGUCCUCUCCACGACAUGAUCAUUUACCAAUCACAGACCAUCUACCCGCUGUGGAACAACAUGGCGGACGCUGUCAGGGGAAGAAUCAAAAUUGAAAAGACGUUCGGCCUCCCAUCAGAGGAUAUCUUCAAGGCUUUGUACAGGUCGAGAGGAGAGAUGCUGAAGUUCAUGGGUCUGAUGAACUCCUCCUGGGUGCUCGAUGGACACGACAUUGUGACGGCGUUCAACCUCUCCGGCUUUCAGAAGAUUGUAGAUCUUGGAGGAUGCACUGGGGCUCUGGCCCGUGAGAUGGCGAAGGCGUGGCCGUCCUCCUCCGUCACGGUGCUGGACCUCCCGCAGGUCGUAGAGGCGGCGCAGAAACAUUUCCCACAGGAGGACGACGCUGUUGAAUUUCAAAGUGGAGACUUCUUCAGUGAUGAGAUCCCUCCGGCUGACCUCUACAUUCUGGCCAGGAUCAUUCAUGACUGGCCAGAAGAGAAGUGCGUCACUCUGCUGAAGAAGAUCCACGACAGCUGCAGACCAGGCGGUGGCGUCCUGCUGGUAGAGGCCCUGCUGUUUGAGAACAGGCGGGGGCCGGUCACCGCUCAGAUCUUCUCCCUCAACAUGCUGGUGCAGACGGAGGGUCGGGAGCGACCGCCGUCCGAAUACACCCGCAUCCUCGAGAAGACCGGCUUCCACAACGUGCAGGUGUGCCGGACCGGGAAAUGCUACGACACCAUCCUCGCCACCAGAUGAGACGGGCAGUAAAGAAACUUAAACUUAAACUUUCAAAGACUUUUUAAGAUAUAAGCUAUGAAAAAAACAAAUUCUCAGUCUCAGUGCACAUGGAUCCCCAGUUUAUGUUGUGUCAGGGAUUUUUUUUAAAGAUAUUGUUGGACAAUGUGAAUUGCUUUUCUUGGUAAUACAAAUAUUUUCUGCAUUUAAGUUGCUGAUGGAUAUUGUAAAAGAAUGAGGGCAAAAGGUUAUGUUCACUCAAUCAAUUCAGGUUAAAGGGUAAGUUAGACUUUUUGGGAAAUACUCUUUUUAGCUUUCUUGCUGAGAGAAACAUUAAACAGCUACCACUCUCUAACGCUAGUAGCUUAGCAUAAUGACUGGAAACAGAGGGAAAAAGCUAGUCUAGCUUUGUCCAAAAAUGAAAAUAACUUUUUUGUCAGGGUUUAACACUCAUAAAAGCCAAUUAAAAAAACCUUCAAAAGCAGUGAAAGUUUAAAAAAACACUGAAUUUGUUUAGCUAAUGAAAAUGUGUGUGUAGUGAUUUUGCGUGCUACUGUGACUGUUUCUGGCUUUCCUGUUCCCUGUGGUGAGUUCAGGUACCCUUUCAGGCUGCAUUAGAUCUGCAGGACCACCCUCAGUUUACCUCCAUUUUCCUCUGCUGGUGUUAAAAUCUCCCAUUUCUAUUUUUGUUGCAUGUUAGUUGUGUAAAGUAGUUUAAGGAAAUAAAUAACUGUAGCGUUACUAUGGACUCAUAUUGAUUUCUAUACAUUUUUCAUAAUGUCUUUUUUUAUUUAUAAAAUGUUUUUGUUUUAGCUACUCUUUAUACUUCUACAUUUUAAAUACGUUACAUACAUACUGGAAAUGUUCCCAUAUUAAGUACAUGCAAGAUUACAGUAUAAGGGAGCUUUUUUUUUUUUUAAAUGAAUGGUGUCAAUAUUAAAUACAUGGUUGAUAGCAAAAAUGGGAUAGCUGUAGUUUGGUUCCUGUCAUUCCACAUUUUGACAGCAUGCGUCCUUCACAUUAAAUAUAAAUACAUGCAUUUUAUUUAAAUAUCUAUUAUUUAUAUAUAUAUGGUUUAUUAGUUACAUUUCUCAAAAUCUACUCUUUAUUUUAGUCUGUUUAUGUAUGUUAUACACAGCAAAGCAAAUUCCUUGUACAUGAAAACUUAAAAACUAAAAAUGUUUUAUAAUUAAAUACUGAUUCCUGUUUUAACAGAUAAAAGUGUGUGUAAUUUCUAAAAAAAUAAACAGUCAAUGGUCCAGCUGAGUCAUGUUAUACAUUUCACAUGAUUAGAUUACACUUACUUUAUUGAUCCCAAUUUGG